UAUUUUUCCCUUUUCACAACCUAAUGUUGGUGGAUAGCAACGGGACAUUCAAGAGAAGCUAUCUGUACAAAGAGCGAUAUCCACAGUAUCCUGCCCAUCGCCCAGCAGCUAGAAUGCCCCCCCUUGGUAUCUUACCCCAAAACCAGUUUCCAGAGCACCCCCCCCCCGAUCGGUGACGCCGGCCGGAGGGACGAGCUCACCGACCGCAGGACUGGUCAUCAUUACGGACUGAAAACAACUUCAUACUUCAGAGGAGGGUAGCCGGCUGAUCGGUUUUUCAGGUUCUCUGGAUACGCCAUAGCAACAACAAUAACAAAUACUUUUAAAAAAUCAGAAACAAGAGAAGUGAUGGAAAGCGUGACAGAUUUUUUUGACAAUUACAGCUACAUUGACUAUGAGUAUGGCGGGUUUGAAGAUCUGCCAGAUCAUGACUACAGUCAAAGGGAGGUAACACACAUCAUCUCGGUGGUGGUCUACUGCACCGCCUUUGUGCUUGGGGUUUUUGGCAAUGCAGUUGUGAUCUGGGUGACGACGUGCAAAAGUAGGCCGUCGGUGAACUCGGUGUGGCUGCUUAACCUGGCCGUGGCAGACUUCAUCUUCGUGCUUUCUCUGCCCAUCACCAUUGACUAUGUGCUGAGGGACUUCCAUUGGGGCUUUGGUGUGACCAUGUGCAAACUCACCUCCUUUGUGUCUGUGGUGAACAUGUAUGCCAGUGUGCUGUUCGUCACGGUGCUCAGUCUCGACCGCUACAUUUCUCUGGUGCACCACACCUGGUCUCAGAGGCACCGCACUGUGUGCAGGGCAUGGAUUGUGUGUGGGGGGUUGUGGUUUAUCGCCACCUGCCUCAGCAUGCCCGCCCUGGUGUUCCGAGACACCAUUGAUGUGCACGGGAAAACUAUAUGCUUCAACAACUUCCACGACCAUGAUCCACACAAGGCUGCCACAAGACACAUCAUCAUAGUUGUUGUCCGCACCACGGUCGGCUUCCUGCUGCCUUUCACCGCCAUCACAGUCACCAGCGUGCUUCUCGCAGUCCAGGCCAGUCGCCCGCACGCUACGCACCAGUCCAACUUCUCCCAGCUGGUGUUGGCAAUCAUCUUGGCUUUUUUCUUCUGCUGGGCUCCCUUCCACAUCUUCUGCCUGAUGGAGCUGUCCAUGCACAUCACCUUUCACCUGAGUGAAGUUCUGAAGGUGGGUUUUCCACUCGUCACCAGCCUGGGCUUCUUCAACAGCUGUGUCAACCCCGUGCUGUACGUGCUGCUUGGUCAGAAGGUGCGGAAACUCCUGAAGCGAUCCUGCCUCCGGCUCACUAAGCACUCGCUUCGGGAGCUCAGCCACUCUGUCUCUGCCACGGAGUCCGUACUGGCUAGCGGUGCCAUUGCAGAGCCGCUUGAGCUGACGCUGGUUCAGAACAACUGACAUUAUUUUGUUUUCCCAUUAUUGAGCUGUACCAACGUGCACCAAGAAAGUGUUCUGAUCACCAUGGUUUUCUGUAAGGUCACAAAAUAAUUGUCAAAUGUUCCUGCUUCGCUUUGUGCGAGGUCAGCCCGGGACAGAGAGUGCCUGCGGUUCACUUCCUGUCUACAUGCUGUUGUAUCUGGUUAUAUGAUGCUUUUUUCACAGCACAGUCAACUCCAGAAUUAUUGGCACCUUUCAUGAAAAUGAGCGAAAAUUAAUAUAUAAAAAGAACCACACAUGUAAUGAGUGACAUUUUGUGCUUUAACACAAAUAGGUUAACCCUCCUGCGUUAUUUCCAAACAGACUUUUGAGACAAAAUACAUUUUUCCUUUAGUCACACAUUUUCAUAAGAAUGCGGAUUCCAAAAAUAUUGCCCCCUCCCAAUUGUCUGUAUCUGGUGGAGCCUCCCCUGGUGAGAAUGGCAGCACUCUGCCUCUUACUGUAGCGUUUAACAAGACGAACAAGCAGAACACUUGUGAAGCGAUCUCGGACCACUUUUGCAUGCAGAACAUUUCCAACUCAUCGAGGAUCUUUGGUUUUCUCUUGUGAACUACCCUCUUCAACUGAGGUCACAGAUCUGCAGUUGGGAUCAGGUCUGCAGACUGAGAGGGUCACUGCAGAACCUUGGCUUUGUUUUGCUGCAACCAUUUCUUUGUUGAUUUUGAUGUAUGGAAACCCAAUCGUGGCCCGGUUUCAUUCUUCUCACAGAGGUAACCAGAUUUUUUGCUAAAAUGUUCUGGUAUUGAAUGGAAUUCAUUAUGCAGCUCAUCUUAACAAGAGCCCGUGGACCACUGGCAGCAAAAUAGCCCCAAAGACCCGCCACCUUAAUGCACCGCAGGUGUGAGGUGCUCAUCUUUGUAUACGGCCCCCUUACUUCACCAAACGUCAUCAUGGUGUAUUGUGGUGGCGUCUGUUUUGAUUUUGAUAUGGUGAAACUCCCAAGAUUCAACUAAACUUUGUGGUUGUGACAGUGAUCUUUGGGGUCCCCUGUGGCUCCCUUAAAACGCUUUCUAGUAUGUGCAGGACUUGGGGGGGGGGGGGGGGCAGUAUGCAGAUGUAUCCCCUUCCUGACACAUUUUCACCAGCCCCAUGCUUAAAGUUUACUGUAGCCCUGACUGUGCUUACUGGCAGUGUCAGCUAAAUAACAUGUUUGUAGCCAUUCCCCAAACUAUGCAGCUCUACAGCUUUUUUUCCCCUUCAUUGGAGUUGAGUGCUCUUUGACUUGACCCAUGUCGAUAGAUGGCAAAAUGAUUUUAUCUGUGCGUUACCUCAUAUUUAUACCCCAGGGAAACAGGAAAUGUUCAUAGGUUACAAGAGUUCCUAAACACUGAAGCACUAUCAACACACAUUUCCCCCCAAAUAUGCACAUUCCUUUGGUUUGAAUUGUAGGAUUCUCCAAGAGUGCCUGUAAUUUUGCCACAUGUUUUUGACAGAGCUAUUUUAAAGACAAAACCACACUUUUGCAGGAAUUAUUUUUAUUAGAUUUAGGUAGUGAUUUCUCCAAACAUUUGAGGGAAAUUGGAAUCAUUGUAUGCAUUAUCUAUAUUAAUGUCUUUGCUCACUUUUUGAGUCGUGCCAAUAUUUCUGCAGUUGACUGUAAAUGCUAUAUUGCGCCACUUAUAUGGACUUGUAUCACUUCUACAAAAAUUACGCACAUAAAUGCAUUUAUAUUUAACUAAUAUACAUGAUCAAUUAAUUUUUCCACAUUUGCAGUCUGUACUUUUCUAUUUUAGGGCCUGACACUGAAAACAUUACUUAUAUAAUUCAUACAUUAAAAUGCUUUAGUUAUACUAAGCCUGUCAAUUUUAUUCGGUCUACUUUUAAUCUGGUUAGUACUGUUUAUGAUAUUUAUACAAAAAUAAAGGUGUUUAUGCUGUU